AUGGUGUUCUCCCUGGGCAUGCGCUACAAGUGGGGUGUGGCCUGGGGGCUGGUGGCUCUACCGAUGGCACACAGCCAGCUCUCUGCGGGCUGCCGAGAUGCACAGGCCGAGCUGGGCAUGAACCUAUCGCAGCUCCAGGUGCUCUCUCGAAGCCGGCUUGCUCGAGGUCUUUCAGGAGAGGAAGACACUGCGCUCCUGGACUUAGCCAAGGAGGCCUGGGCUCGGCAAGAGGCGCUGAUCGCUCGUUGCCCAGCAGCCCUUGCAGCCGCCUCGGCGCUUCUCAUGCUGCUGGAGGUGAGCUUGUCUCCACACAUCCGUACGAAUGAGGAGCACGAUAUGCACUUCCACCGCAUUUCUCGCUAUGAGUACGCUCUCGUGCGGGCUGCCAACCUCUGCAUGCGCCGUGACCGAGCGUGGCCCGUGCAAAGUGCCGUCGGUGUGCUCAAGACCGUGGUGAAGUGGCUAGAGUUCAGGGUCGCGGCGGUGCGGCAGCUGAUGGAAGGACCGCCGCGCGAAGAGAUCACCGACGAUGCUCAUUUACAGGCCUUGGCUGACAUCGGCGCUGUGCUGGACGAGCUGGGUUUGGAAUGGUGGCCGUGUCGUGGAACCCUCAUUGCGCUGAUGAGGCAUGGUCUGCGGAGCGGGCCGCUAUCUGAUGGCAAGCAGGAUGUGGUGGACCAUGAUGUGGACGUGAUGGUUGGCAUCGUUUCAGAAGAAGCAUGGAGUCACAUCCGCUGGCUGGUGAAUGACAAGCUACUAGAGAUGGGGUGGCACAGCUGCUUUGGGCGGUACUCUGUAGAUGCGAAGUAUGGGUCGACAGUGCUGACCCGUGCCAGGGAAGAUUUGUUGUUGUGUACCCGAGCAGAUCCUGACGUCACAUUGGACAUCAGCACGUACAUCAUUGGCAAGGGCCGAACGGUCUAUGCCCAGCGAUUCUGCACCCCGACCUAUGCGCCACGCCGCGGCUGCUACGUGCCGCGGGGUGCUGGCACCUUGCAGCAUGGUUUGGGGCGUCUGCGGAAGUCGGCGAUCCACCCGAUGCGCCAGUGCCGCGCCGGGCACUUCUCGGUGCCCUGUCCGGCCAAGCCACUGGAGACCUUGAAGGCCACCAUGCCGGUGAACUUCACGGAGCACUGCUUGGCCCUCCCCGACCUCCUGCAGCGUCGCCAGCGGGGCUACGCCAGCGACGCGCGCUUCUUCGCGAGCGCGGCGCCGGACGCGCGGCCGGCGCUCCGCACCGAGGACGUGGCGCUGCUGCGGCAGCGAGCGCACCAGCUGGAUGCGGAGGGCUAUGUGUCCAUGACGCCGUACUUCAUGAGCUGCAAGAGUGAACGGGAUCAAGACGAUCCAAAUGAUGGAGCUGCAGCCGCGGACUUGGCUCAAGCGGCCGUCUUCGAAGACGAGGCACCUUUCCUGCUUCGGUUGCAGAAGGUCAUGGGCCGCAGCGGCACCAAGCUCAGCAGCCGGAGCCGGAGUCGAGGCUCCCGCGAAGCCACAAGCACUGGCGAGAGCACGGACGAGAGCAGCGGUGAGAGCGAGGUGUCAGCUCAUCCAAACCGUGGCUGUGAGUGGCUCUUCGUGGCUGUGAGUAGCCCAGAGCAGAAUGCCAUGGCAGUUUGCAGUGAGGAGGAGGCGCUACUGCAGGAGGCAUGGAACUCCUACCAGGAGGGCGGGAACCAGGUGGUCUCCUAUCGUUUGGCCACGGGUGUCCCAGUGGAGGUGGACUUCGCAGCCCAGCUCCGUAGGAACUUGGCCUCGCGGCGUUCGGUCCAGUUGCGCCGCGCUGCGCGUCCAGCGGCCGCGCCGACGCCGAUGGUGCCGCUGCUCGCGGGCGUGACGGCGGUGCCCACGGCGAGCAGGGAAGGGUCGGUGCCCAGCGGUAAGGUGGAUUAUUCCAAAUGGCAGCAGCUGGAGGACAGUGACCAGGAGGAAAACGAGCACCUAGAAGAGACCAUAGCCAACCUCCCGCUGCCAGCGGAGAUCUUGAAGCCUGACCAAAGUCGACUCUGGCUACAACAGGAAAGCCACCGCGAACGUUUCCUGCGGUCUCCACGCCUGCGAGGGAAGCAUAAGGAUUUGGUGGAGAGUCGGGAAGAAGAAGUCCCAAUGACCAAGUUCUUCGAUGCUUGCAGGGUUCAUCUGAAGGAUGCUGCGACUCAUAUGGAGAAGGGGAGGGCCUUGUAUGCUGAGGCAGAGGAGCUUCCGGGCUUCGACCACUGCGGGCGCUGCUUCGCACUGGCGCUGGAUGAACUCAACAAGCUCCACGCACUUCGUGGGCCAAUUCCUGGUCCCAUGCCGUUGCCUCUCAGGGAGACCUUCCAGGAGUUCUCCUCGGAGCACCACCGGCUGAGCUGUGGGGCCUUGUUGAAUCUGGCGCAGUGCAACUUGAAGGCGGCACGCUACCGGGCAGCCUUGGAGAAUGCAGAGGAGGCCUUGAGCUUGGAGAAGAGUGCCAAGGCCUACUACCGGAAGGCCUUAGCCCUAGAGGGCCUGGGCUUGGACGUUCAGGCGCUGCCGAUGUGGCAGAAGGCCUUGCGCGAGGCGCCGAAGGAUCCCAUGAUCCGGCAGAAGCUAACGAAAGCCAUCGAGAAAGUGAAGGAGCAGCGCUGCUGGGAGGCCAGGGCCUUCCGUGGGGCGCUGGGCUCUGAGACCCGGUCGGAGGCGGCACGUGCCCAGCGUGCGGAACGGUUGCAGCAAAUCGUCCGCCGGGCGUGCGAGUAUGUGAACGUCGGUGAUGUGCGAAGAGGAGAGCUUUUGAGCCUGUGCACGACGCUGGUUUCAACCGGGGAGCUGGACACGCAUGAAGUGGAGGCGCUGAACGCCCUCUUCGCUCAGUCGAUCACCUGCACUCAGCCUGGACUGCCGGACUUGGAGCUUUCGAAGGACGAGGUGACCUUCUUGGACUCCCUGAACCUCACCUUGCCCGGGCACUCGCAGGGCCCGCGGGGCCCGCAGCCCCGCGCGCGGGUGGCCGAGCUGCUGCAGCGCUUGCGGCAGGGGCUUCCGCUGGGCGCUGAGGAGGAGCACUUCCUCCGCGAGGAGCAGCAGCGCCUGGAAGCUGCCCUUGGCUAA